AUGAAACAUCUUAUACUUGACAAUGGUUCCUAUUCUGUGAAAGCUGGCUUUGUAUCGGAGAAGGCGCCCACAGUUGUCCACAACACGAUUGUUCGUUCCAAAGAUGGAUUGAUUCAUACAGGAAACGAAUACAUCUCUCAAACGAGUCAGUAUUCUGGCAUGGUGUUCAAAAGACCAAACGAACAAGGAAAUUUGGUGUCCUGGGAAAUUGAGAGACCGAUAUGGGAUACCACCUUCGAGGAGCUUCAGCUGGGCGGCAUAGACCCUUCGUCGACACAUCUUACAUUGACAGAAACUCCAUUCCAGUUGCCGCAGCUCUCGAUUAAUACUGAUCAAAUUGUAUUCGAAGAAUAUGGCUUUCAAGAUUACUAUAGAUGUAUCCCAGCUUCACUUGUACCUUGGCAAUUGAACCAUCAACAAAAAGACUUCAGUUUUAUUAUAGAUUCGGGGUUUAAUUGUACUUGGAUUGUUCCGGUUAUUUACCAGAGUGUGUACUGGAAAGGAAUCAAGAAAUUUCCCGUGGGCGGGAAGCUAUUAAAUGGUCUUUUAAGAGAAAUUACUUCUUUCAGGCACUAUGACGUUUCUGAUGAAUCCAUCUUAAUAAACACAAUAAAAGAGGCUACUUGCUUCGUUGCGGAGGACUAUAGCAAGACGUUGAAUGACAAACAAAAGUUUAUGUGUGAAUUUGUAUUGCCCGAUUUCAAGACAACAGCUACAGGGUACAUACGAACUCCUAAAUCUAUCACGCGAGAAGCAGAUGAAGAUUUGCAGACAUUAAAACUAACGGAUGAAAGAUUCACUAUCCCCGAAGCUUUUUAUCAUCCUGAAAUCAUAUUUAAUUCGUCUUCUUCCAAUUCUGCGAAGAUCCAUAACUCCACUUUGAAAAAUUUGGUUGACUUAAUAGUUGAAUCUAUUAUGACAUGUCCUGAAGUAGCCAGACCUUUGCUUCUGGCCAAUAUAUCUGUUGUGGGGGGCACCUCUAAAUUGCCUAACUUCAAUGAAAGACUAGGACAUGAACUCACUAGAGAAUUACCACUGCAUUGGGUCGUUAAGAUAAAUACCAGCGAGCACGAUCCAGCAGAAACCAGUUGGUACGGUGGUAAAAGACUAGUAGAACUGGGAAUGUUGGAUGAAGUCAGCAUAAGUAAGAAGGAAUAUUUUGAACAUGGGUCCAAUUGGUGCCAAAGGCAAUUUGGUUUCAAGAACAUAUAG